AUGAAGACUUGUUAUUAUGAGCUUUUGGGAGUGGAAUUUACGGCUUCUGAUUCUGACCUGAGGAAAGCUUACCGUCGAAAAGCAUUGCAAUACCAUCCUGAUAAAAAUCCCGAGGACAUUGAGGCGGCUACAGCAGUGUUUGCAACGAUACGAGCAGCAUAUGAAGUUCUUUCUGAUGCCCAGGAAAGGGCAUGGUACGAUGCUCAUAAAAACCAAAUUUUGAGCGACGAAAAGGACGCUUUUGAUGAUGGAUACGGUGAUGGUAAUGAAUAUGAGGUUGAUGGCUCAAUAACGGGAAUUACCACCGACGAUUUGCUCAAAUUUUUUAAUUCUGGGUUGUAUUCUAGGAUCGAUGACUCUCCAGCAGGGUUGUAUCAGAUUGCAGGCAAAGUAUUCGCUAAAUUAGCCAGUGAAGAGGUCAAGUUUGGAAGAGUGCAAGGACUUGACAAAUAUGAUAAAUACGAGGAUCAAUGGUUUGAGACGGACAUACUUGAAUCAGGUUACAAGAAAGCGUUUGAAAAAUAUACUUCCAAAGCAUCGAUGCUUUUCCCGGCUUUUGGGGACUCUACUGCGUCAUUCGAGCAUCUGCGAACAUUUUACCGUCAUUGGUCCAGUUUUAGUACUGUCAAAACUUUCAGUUGGAAAGAUGAGUAUAUGUAUUCGCGCAACUACGACAGAAGGACGAAGCGGGAGAUCGGGAAACGCAACGAAAAGCUGCGACAGCAAGCACGAAGUGAGUAUAACAAGACAGUAAAAAGGUAUGUGACUUUUAUCAAGAAGUUCGACUCCCGAAUGAGGGAAGGGUCAGCCAAAUUCGAACAAGAGAAGCGCAGGAAGAUGCGUGAGGAUCUACAGCGGCAAAUCGAAAAAGAUAGAGAGGCUCGAUCACAGAUCGUUGGAGAUCCGUUCAAGCUGCAGACUUGGCAGACGGUAGACGAUUUCGACUGGAGCGAAAUCGAAAAAAAUUACGACAGAAACGAUAACUUGACUGACGAUGAAGAAAAAUCGAAGACAAGCGUUGUUAUUUUUGAAUGUUUUGUGUGCGGCAAGACGUUUAAAUCCGAAAAGCAGCUCGAGAACCACAAUUCCACCAAAGUACAUAAAAAAAACCUGCAGCAAAUACAGAGAGAAAUGCGUAAGGACAACAUGACUUUGGGGCUGGAUGCCGUUUCUGACGCCGAAGACUUCGAUUCUGCUGCUGAAGACACGAGUGAAAACGCAGGGAAAUUGGAUCUUGACGAAAUUGAAAGCGAGUUGCAACGCAUUGAACGAGAGCUUGAGGGUAUAUGCGACGAUGACGACGAGGACGAUAGCUCCCUCGAUGACAUAAGUUCAGAAGCGUUAUCUCAAACUUCAGAGCUUGGCCUAAAUUCAGAGCAAGUCAAGGUCGACGUGGAAGUUGACCAAAUUGAUGUUUCUGAUUCAGUAAGCGACUUGGAAGAUGAGGAGCUAUCCAAACUACUGGAUUCUCUCACUUCAAACCGAGAUAAAAUUCACAGUGAUAAAGCAGAGUCCAGCGAUGAGUGGGACAUAUCUAAGAGAACCAAAAAAAAUCACAAAGUGAGGACCACAGAAGCGCAUAACAAACCAUCUGUAUCGGAGCCAUCAUCACAAUUUGCAUGUCAAAAAUGUUCAGGAACUUAUCAAUCGAGAAAUGCCCUGUUUGACCACAUUAAACGGGAAAACCAUGCGGCCGCUUUUCCCAAACAAAAACUCACGAAAAAGUCGAAAGACAAGGCAAAACAAAGGUAA